AUUGUAAUUGUCAAUUUUCUCAUCGCGAAAACAUCAGCGGGCAGCCAAUAGUUAGUUAAAUUAAAAUUGUACAUUAUUGCACGAAAAAGGUUGAAUUUUCAUCUCUGUUGAAAGUGAUUGUGUUGGCGAUAGCCAUGGCAGAGCUGCUGAUUGAUCCGAACAUUCGUGGCUGGGUGUUUCUGCCGAUAGUGGUAAUCACAUUCCUGGUUGGUAUUAUCCGUCAUUACUUUUCGAUAUUGAUUUCCUCUCAGAAAAAGGUCGAACUAACCCAGAUCCAAGACAGCCAAGCAAUGAUCCGGGCUCGCUUGUUGCGGGAAAACGGAAAAUACCUAACCCCUCAGUCUUUUGCCAUGAGGAGGCACUACUUCAACAACGAGGAAACUGGUUACUUCAAAACUCAGAAACGAGCACCACCGAGUCCGAAUUCCACAGCUAUGUUGUCCGAUUUGGUUAAGGGUAACUUCAUAAACGUUCUCCCAAUGAUUGUGAUCGGUGGAUGGAUCAACUGGAUGUUCUCCGGUUUCGUCACCACGAAGGUUCCGUUUCCGCUGACCUUGCGCUUUAAACCGAUGUUACAGCGCGGAAUCGAACUAGCCUCCCUGGAUGCGGCUUGGGUGUCGUCGGCUUCGUGGUACUUCCUGAACGUUUUCGGACUGAGAAGCAUCUACACACUGGUUUUGGGAGAGAACAACGCCGCGGAUCAGACGCAGUCGAUGCAGGAUCAGAUGUCGGGUGCUGCCGUGGCAAUGCCACAAGAUCCAAAAGCGGCAUUCAAGGCUGAAUGGGAAGCAUUGGAAAUUACAGAGUAUCAGAAUGCACUAGCGAAUAUAGAGAGCGAGCUAUUAUUCGCUAGUGCCGCUGAGGUAUCGAACGCGGUGUAUCAACAGCAAAGCCGAGAGGAUGGAGCGCUGAGAAAUUAACCUUUCGGUUGUAGUUGGCACUAGUUUAAUGUAAAAUUGUUGUUCUAACUAGGAAAUCCCUUUAGUGCACUUUUACGUGUGAAACUAAGGGGCGGUAAAUGUUCUAUUCUAAUUGAAUCAAUUGAAAAUACAACUAUUCUAUUUAUGUUAUUUCUAUCAGCAUUUCGAGCUAGCUAAGUUUUUAACGGGCGAUGAUUAGCUUAGUCUAAUGACUGACUAAGAGUCUACUAUUAUAGCUAAAGAGUCAAGAAUAACGGAAUAAAAGCUCAUAGGUGUAAUAGGA